UGCGGUACCAAUACGCGUUGUAAUAUCAUAGCUCAGUACUAGUUUGAACUUUCAAGAAGGCAAUAGUGUCAUACAUUUUUCGAUAAGCGUUCGAGUCAAUAACUGCAGUAGUUAAACAAGUCGAUUAUGAUAUCGUUUCUGAUCGACAGGUUGCUCGACAACGUUACUUAUCUGAGCUUGAUUGUUGUUUUCGGGAGCUUCUACUAUUAUUCGACUUCGACACACGGUAAAUGGCAGAAAUUUAAUAUUCCGUAUAUACCACCCGUACCACUAUUUGGUAACACGAUCAGAAUGGUUAUGAGACUCGAACAUCAUAUUGACAUGUUCGACAGAAUCUACCACCAGUUUCCAGACGCCAAGCUGGUGGGGUACUACCAGAUGAGGGAGCCGAUGUUGAUGAUCCGUGACCCAGAGCUGAUCAACACUAUACUGGUCAAGGACUUCUCGCACUUCACCGAUCACGGCAUUGAUUUGCCGCCCACAUCCGUAAUGGCAAAAAGUCUGUUCUUCUCUAAUGGCCAAAAAUGGCGGACGAUGCGACAGAAGCUGAGUCCGGGCUUCACGUCCGGCAAGCUAAAGGACACACACGUACAGAUCAACGAGUGCAGCGACGAGAUGGUGUCCAAAAUCGUUGACACGAUUGAGAAAAAUACCGACCGAAUUGACGUGAAACCGAUGACAGCUGGUUUUUCAACAGACGUGAUCGGGACGUGCGCGUUUGGCCUGAAGCUAGACACGAUCAAGAACGACGAUUCUGACUUCCGGCGGUACGCUAAAAGAAUGUUCCAGAACACUCCGAAGCAGAUUAUCAUCCAGAUGCUGGCGAUUAUCUGCCCUUUUAUAAUCGAGCUGUUUAAUAUACAACUAUUUCCUGUAGAUGCUACCAAUUUUUUCUAUAAGGUGUUCACCGACGUCAUCGAUUACCGUGAACAACACAAUGUGGUCCGGAACGAUUUGACGCAGACCCUGAUGCAAGCGCGGAAAGAAUUGGUGUCGAAGGAUGAAUCCACCGUUGAAGAUAAGUUUACUGAAGCUGAUAUCAUCGGUAAUGCUAUACUUAUGUUCACCGCUGGUUCUGAAACCGUUUCGUCUGUGCUAUAUUUUUGCCUAUACGAAUUGGCGCUAAACAAGGAAACCCAAGACAAAUUACGUGGGGAGAUAUGCUCGAUGAAAGCAAAACACAACGGACAAUUAAACAAUGAUUAUUUGAUGGAUCUACAUUACACCACCAUGGUGUUGGAAGAGACUUCUCGCAAGUACUCCAUAGCUUAUAGCAUAAUGAGAGUGGCUACGAAAACAUACACUCUACCCGACAAAUCAUUUGUCAUUGAAAAAGGACAAAAAAUAUUUAUACCUAUGUUUAACAUACAUCGUGAUCCAAAAUAUUAUCCCGAUCCGUUGAGUUUUAAUCCAGAAAGAUUUUCUAUGGAACAAAAAUCUCAAAGACCAAAUGGAACUUACAUACCGUUUGGCGACGGCCCUCGACUAUGCAUAGGCAAACGUUUCGCCGAAUCAGAAAUGAAAUUGGUCCUGUCAAAUUUACUGUCAAAAUUCGAAGUACUACCAUGUGAACAAACCGAAAUUCCCCUUGACAUUAGAAGUGGAACAGGAUUAAUUUCAGCGAAAAACGGCGUUGUGUUAAAAUUUAGACCAAUUAUUGAGCAUUUAUAACUAUGAAAUAUUUCUAUUCCUAAAAAUGUAUCAACAUAUUGGGUACCUUUCUCUUUGUCGAUAUUUCAAAUCACUCUGUUAUUGUGUACUCUCUAACCUCUGUUCUGCACUUUUAUUACUUUAUUAGAAAUGGUUUUCUAUAAAACUAUUGCAUUUUUUUGAUUAGCAUAUUCUUACAAUUUUUUUAUAUUCAUGUCUCUAUUAUUUAUUAGAAAAUUAGAACCAAGGUGUGUGGUUAUAGUACAUAAAUGUGUUCAAAUUUUUAUAACCGGUCAAAUGUCCUACUAUAUUUAGCUUACACAUGUAAUAAUGUUAUUAAUUAUUAUAUUAAUGUACUCAUUCGUAUACAGAGGUAUUGUAUUUUAUAACAAA